GUGUCUGCCUGGGGACUGGGAGGCGUGGCUGAGCCUCUGCGUGAGUGCUGGAGGGAGCCAGCAGGAAACUGCUGCCUUUCUCUGACUUCUCAGCACCAUUUCAGCCUCCUGAUCCUGGCAGUCAAAAGGUACAUCAGAGCAUAGUACAGUUCUUUCAGAGAGCAAGAGGUGACAAAGACCUUCGCAACCUGAAGCCCAGAGUUUACUGCAACCAACCAACCGGCUCUGGCAGCAGCGGAGGGUUGGAACACUAGGCUGUGCUGGACUCAUAUUCAGCCCCUUGGGUGCUGUGUGUGCAAGCGCUUUUUUUUUUUUUUUAAAGAAGACUCGGGGUUCUACUCCACAGCUGCAGCAUCCAGUGUCCCAAGACUCGUCAUCAGCAGUCUUCUGGGUGAAAAACUUGGAUUUCUUUCAGAGGAUACAGACAGAAAGCCUGAGCCAGAACUACAAGUGCCAGCCCUGAGCUUUCAGGACAGGGGUCUCCGGGCAAAGGAGGUGAAGCCUUUGGAAAAGAAAGACAUUGACAGGACCCAUUGGGUCAGCUGGUGGCCAGGGCGCUCAUGCUUCUGCCUUGGCUCACAGGAUUUGGGGCUGGACUGCUCUUCCUGCACUUCGUGCAGAAACUUCUGUUCCCCUACUUCUGGGACGAUUUGUGGUUCCUGCUCAAGGUGGUGCGCUAUGGAAUUCAGAUAGAGAUAUACAAACUGAGAGGGGAGCUGGUCACCGUGCUCGAUAAGUUCCUGAGCCACGCCAGGAGGCAACCACAGAAAGCCUUCAUCAUUUAUGAGGGGGACGUCUACACCUAUGAGGACGUAGACAAGAGGAGCAACCGAGUGGCCCACGCCUUCCUAACCCACUCCUCGCUGAAGAGGGGGGAUGUCGUGGCUUUGCUGAUGAGCAAUGAGCCAGACUUCGUUCAUGUGUGGUUCGGCCUGGCUAAGCUGGGCUGCGUGGUGGCCUUCCUCAACUCCAACAUCCGCUGCAAUUCCCUCCUCCACUGCAUCUGCACCUGUGAGCCCAAGGCCGUGGUGGUGGGCGGAGAUUUACUUGGAAGCAUAGAAGAAAUCCUCCCCAGCCUCCCCAAGCACAUCACUGUUUGGGGAAUGAAGGACUCCGUUCCACAAGGUGUAGUUUCACUCCAAGAAAAGCUGAGCCUGGCCUCCGAUGAGCCAGUGCCAACAAGGCAUCAUGUCACCUCAAGCCUCAAGUCUACCUGCCUCUAUAUUUUUACCUCUGGAACAACAGGUCUACCCAAAGCAGCCGUGAUCAGUCACUUGCAGGUGUUGAAGGGAUCUCUCGGGCUGUGGGCUUUUGGCUGCACAGCUGAUGAUAUUGUUUAUUUAACCCUCCCUCUGUAUCACAGUUCAGGGGCUCUCCUUGGAAUUGGUGGCUGUAUUGAGCUGGGUGCUACAUGUGUAUUAAAGAAGAAAUUCUCUGCAAGCCAAUUUUGGAAUGAUUGCAAGAAGUACAAUGUGACUGUGUUUCAGUACAUUGGAGAACUCUGCCGUUAUCUAUGCAAACAGCCUCAGAGAGAAGGGGAAAGGGACCAUCAGGUGCGUUUGGCAGUUGGAAACGGUAUGCGAAGUGAUGUGUGGAGACAGUUUUUAGACAGAUUUGGAAAUAUUAAAAUGUGCGAAUUUUAUGGUGCCACUGAAGGAAACAUAUGUUUCAUGAAUCACACGGGGAAGAUUGGAUCCGUUGGGAGAACGAACUUCUUUUACAAGCUUAUUUUUGCUUUUGAGUUGAUAGAGUAUGACUUCCAGAAAGACGAACCAGUGAGGAACGAACAAGGCUGGUGUCACCGUGUGAGAAAAGGAGAACCGGGGCUUCUCAUUUCUCAUGUGAAUACGAAGAAUCCUUUCUUUGGCUAUGCUGGCUCUUACCGGCACACGAAAAGCAAGCUGCUCUUUGAUGUUUUUAAGAAGGGAGAUGUUUACUUCAAUACAGGAGACCUAAUGGUCCUGGAUCAUGAGAACUUCCUUUAUUUUUGGGACCGUAUUGGAGACACUUUCAGGUGGAAAGGAGAAAAUGUUGCAACCACAGAGGUAGCCGAUGUGAUCGGGAGGUUGGACUUCAUACAGGAAGCAAAUGUGUAUGGGGUGCCUGUGCCAGGUUAUGAAGGGAAAGCAGGGAUGAUUUCUAUUAUUCUAAAACCAAACAAGUCUUUAGACUUAGACAAAAUGUACGACCAAGUUGUAACAUCUCUACCAGCUUAUGCCUGCCCACGGUUUUUAAGAAUUCAGGAUAAAAUGGAGACAACAGGGACUUUCAAGCUGCAGAAGAUACAAUUAGUGGAAGAAGGAUUUCAUCCACUGAAGAUUUCUGACCCGCUUUACUUUAUGGAUACCUUGAAAAAAGCUUAUGUUCCAUUGACCAAAGAAAUUUAUAAUCAGAUAAUGUUAGAGGAGCUUAAACUUUAAGACUAUUUUUAUGGGACUUCAAUGCCUUCCUGGGAAAGAUGAAGAUACAUGAUCUUUGAUUGACCACCAGAGUUUUUUUUUAUGAAAGAUAAACUUUUUUUAUUUUUUAUUUAUGAAAGGGAGAGUUCCUUUCAUAAAUCAAUCAUGAGUUGGAAAUAUUAUACACAAAGAAUGAAUUUGAUAUACCUAAGCUCUCAAGAUCCAUAUAUCCCAGCACAGUGAGCCAUGAGAGAUGAGAUGUUCAUCCUAUGGUCAUGUGACUGAUGGGGGGGUGCUGCUCACAGCCCCUGUCCAGGAUCCCCAGAAAGCAGCCUACAGCAUAGCAUAUGGUCACAAUUCAAAGUACAGUGUUUCUGGAUACAUUUGGGAAGUAAAACCAAACAGGCCAUAGUGUUACCACAUGACUCUUGGACUGCAGGCAAUGUGGUGUUUUACUCUGAAGCAGAGAUGGAGAAGUACAGUUCAGUUUGUACCACAUUCCCUUCACAGACAAAAGUUCCUUGAGUUUAAUAAGGCUUCAAUUGGCUUCAUCUCAUAUAAAUUUCAGCUCAUUUUUUUUAAUUAGAAGACUCAGUACAUAACUAAAUACUUGCCUUAAUAUUGAAGAUUUUAAAUAAUAUGUAAGUAGUUAACAGUUAAUCACUUAAAAUACUUUCUAAUAUGUAAAGAAUCUAAUUUUAAAUGGAUAGUAAAACUUUUAAUCAGUUUAUUUUUAUGUGUUCUAACUUGUUACUCAAUAAAACCACCUUUAAUAAUA